AUGGCUCUAUCUGUUCUGCUGUCACAGAACUCUCUGUCAACAUCAAAUUUGCUCACAGAGCUCAAAGAGUUUCCAGGAUGUCUUUCAAUGUAUUAUCUAAAUAUGAAAGCCAUGAUUGCCAAAGGAUCAGCAACACCUUACCGUUUGGAGCAAAGUAAAGCAUCGCAAUCCUUCAAGAAAGCAAUUUUAACUUUUUAG